GUCUAUGUCGUAACAUGUAACUCAUGCUCUCAUUCACUCAUUCAUUCAUUCAUUCAUUCAUUAUUUUGACGUUCAUUCGAUUUCUCUUUAUUUUCUUUUCUUUUUUUUGUUCUCAUUUCAACGUAUUAGGCUAGACUAUACUAUACUACCUUGCAUAACAUGGCCACCGAAUCUCUUACUCUGCAACCAGGUGGUGCAAAGAUGCCACUCCUCGGCUUUGGAACUUGGAAGGUCCCCAAGGAUAAGGCUGCGGAUAUUGUUUACAAGGCCAUUCAAACUGGUUACAGAUUAUUCGAUUGCGCUUGCGAUUAUGGCAAUGAAGUUGAAGUCGGACAAGGUAUCAGGAAGGCUAUCGAAGAUGGUCUUGUCACUCGUGAACAGCUCUUUGUCACAUCCAAGCUGUGGAACACUUAUCAUCGUCAGGAACAUGUUCCUAUGGCGUUUGACAAAACACUCACAGACCUAGGAUUGGAUUACCUCGAUCUUUACUUGAUCCAUUUCCCAAUCUCACUCAAAUUCGUCCCAUUCGAAAAACGCUAUCCUCCAGAAUGGGGUAACAACGAACAGGAUUUCGUCCCCCUUCAAGAGACCUGGACUGCAAUGGAGCAAUUGGUGGAUUCAAAAAAAGUCAAAAACAUUGGUGUGUCCAACUUCAAUGCGAUGCUGUUGAUGGACCUUUUAUCGUAUGCUAGGAUCAAGCCUGCAGUGUUGCAUGUGGAAAUCCACCCGUAUCUCAAUAAUCAAGACCUGGUCCGGUAUGCUCAAUCGCAGGGUCUUCAGAUCACUGGUUAUUCUAGCUUUGGCCCUGCUUCCUAUGUGGAGCUAGGAAACGACUCCGCCAAGGGUGCUGUACCUUUGUUUGAAGAGGAACGCCUGGGCAAGAUCGCGAAGGCACAUCCCCCAAAGUCAGUCGCUCAAGUCAUUCUUCGUUGGUUGAUCCAGAACAAGAUCGCAGUCAUCCCUAAAUCAUCCGAUCCAAAGCGUAUGGCCCAAAACGCAGACAUCUUUGACUUUGAGCUGUCUUCAGAGGAAAUGAAGACCAUCCAAGGCAUGAACAUUCCUUUGAGACUCAACGAUCCUCGUGAUUACGCCAACAUUCCCAUGUACGCUUAAGUGGUUU